UCAUGGCGCCAGAAGAUGCAAUUGCGCUCGUUACUUAUAUCUCGUUGCUACUUUCUUCUGCCUCCGUUAGUCUGAGAGUUCUGGUCAGGUGUCGAUGGCUCGAGGGCGGAUUGAGGUUGGAUGAUUGGCUGAUGAUUGUAGCCAUGGUCAGUAGUUCGUCGCAUGGCUGGGCUGACAGCUUGUUAUCGUGUGUUUCCCUGAAGCUCACCGAGCUGAUUUUGUUGCAGGCUUCCUACCUCAUCUUCUGCGCUGCUAUCAUUGCCGUGACCGUAGUCGAACGACAAAAUCCAGUCCUCACAGAGCGAAGUGCGGACUUGGUAUUACAGAUCUCCCUGGCCAUAUUCUUUCGUCGAUUCCUCCUCGAGCCUAUACAACGUCGCUUGAUUUGGGGUGUCACAGGCCUAUACUGUAUCUNNUCUGUACUUGGUUUCAUUCUCGGCUUGUUUGAAUGCGGCACACCCGUGCAUCUGGCUAGGAAACGAGUCAAUGGCCAUUGCAUACCAACACCUUGGUGGAACAGUCUAUUAUAUGUCCAUGGCUCGGUGUCAGCGUUCUCGGACUGGACCUUCGCCUUGCUUCCGAUCUUGAUAUUGUGGAAAUCAUCCAUGCCCGCGAAGAGAAAGUUGGGUGUGACUUNNUUGAUGCUCUUUGCCGUCUGUGGGUCUCUGUGUGCCAUCCUUCGCACCAUAUACAUUCCAUCCCUACGAUUCGAUGCUCAGUACUAUGACGUUCGACACCAUCCGAACUAUUACAGUGCCACUGCUCUUGUAAUAAACUCGGCAACUCUGGAGUUGGGGAUUGGAAUCGCAGCGGCGUCUGCGGCUUGUCUGAUGCCCUUGUUUAGGCGCUUCGCAGCUCUGUUUCGACAUGGUAUCUUCAGCAGAUCUGGAUGGCAGCACUUCCAGAAACAGCACAAGGAACCCACGUUGACGGGCCAGAACAACCAAGCACCAGACUCCUGGAUGUGCACACUUACCUCACCUCGUCAUGACUCGCUCGAGCGUGGAGAUAUGGACUUAAAAAUGCUGGGGAUUCUGCCCAAUGUUGACUCGAUAGAGGAUGAGGACAUUUCGAAAGAUUCUCAUAGGGCGACAACGCCACGAGGAAUU